UAAUAGGCUAUUGGGCCCAAAUGGGAGUGCGUAUAGUAAGUUACAGUAAAUGUUCAAUCAGUGGCCAUGCUAUUGCGUGGUGAUCAAAUCAAAUCAAAUUGAGAAGCUUCAUAUCACUGAUACGACGACGAAUUACGGAACUGAGGGAAAUUGAUUUUCCGUGUUCAGGAUUAGGAUCUGGCACCACCGAUAUGGGGUUCUCGGUAACCACGUUAAUUUUCGUAGGGAUUGGAAUCGUCGCGUCACUUUGCACCAGAAUUUGUUUCAACAGAGGACCUUCCGCGAAUCUAUUUCACUUAACUUUGGUUCUUACUGCAACAAUAUGCUGCUGGAUGAUGUGGGCGAUUGUAUAUCUGGCACAGAUGAAACCGCUCAUAGUACCUAUCCUGAGUGAGGGUGAAUAACGUUUUUGCGAAACAGAUGCAACUCUUAAGAAUGUGAAUCACUGGUUGGACUCUGGGGAGGAGUUGAUUUCAGCUCUUAUAAAUCAUUCAGUAUUUUCUAUGGGUGGAUCUAUAUGUAUUCUAGUUAGAUAAUGACGUUUCAAUUGGAUCUUCCAUUACGGGUAUCACCCAUUUUACAUUUGUUGUAUUCAACCCUCGUUCAUCCCAGAUGUCGGUAUAUAGUGGUUAAGUAUGUAUUUUGGUAAAUAAGUUGAUACAAUAAAAUUAUAUCUUGGUUUUACAACCUUUAUGAAAGAAAA